AUGAGAAUCCUUAUCAUCAAUCCUAAUUCAUCAACCAAAGUUACCAACGAUAUAAAACACGUCAUUUCCAGCGAUACAGUUGAUUUUGAGUUUUAUACCGCUCCUAGUUCAGCCCCCCUUGAAAUAGAUAACGACGAUACCGCCAAAAUUUCUGAAUCGGUGGUGUUGCCUGAUUUGUUAUCGGGCCAUUAUCUUGACCGCUUCGAUGGGUUUCUCGUUGGAUGUUUCUCCAACCAUCCGUUGAUCCAAUCGUUGAAGCAGUACACCUCCAAACCCAUCAUGGGGAUAAUGCAAGCUUGCUUAACUUACCAUUUGGUCAAUAACCACAAUUCCAUCAUCAUCACCAGUUUCAAGUCCUGGGAGCCGUUGUUGGAUACCGCCAUCAAGGAAUUCUACCGUACCAAAGAGCUUCCAGCGAAUAUCCGUCCUACUAAGAGCUUUGAUAUCAAUGUGAGUAACCUUAAUAGUCCGGAGGUUUUCGGAGAGAUUGUUGAUAAAACGAGAGAAAUCAUUGGAGAUGAUAUCAACUGUGUGUUGUUGGGGUGUGCAGGGAUGGCAGGAUUGGAUGAGAAAUUACUGGAAAAGUUCCCUGGUGUGGUGUUUGUAGAUUCGGUGAAGAUUGGGGUUGAGGUUUUGGUAUCGUUGGUUAAGUUCGAUAAGGUUGUACGUUCUCAGCCUGUUUAG